AAAAUUUCCCCCCUUUGACUUGAAAGUAAAUUUAACUCAAAAUAUUUAUCAACAUUUUCAGACUCAUUAAUUUUUUUUGAAAGGGUGUCAAACUGAUUAGUUAUUAUCUUAAUGGCUGUAAUCGAUGUUUCUGAAUCGAAUGACGGAAAUGGACUAACAGACAGACACGCGCCUUUUCUGAGCUCGCGCAAGUUGUUAGGGGAAAACAAGCAGCUAAACGUGGUUUUGUAGGCCGUUGUUGGCCGUACGACAUCACACCGUGAGGACCUGGGUUCAAGACGAAGCAGCAUAUAGUGACUUCGCUUAUUUCACUUAAAAAACAUGACUACUAAAAAGAAGCGAACGCCAAACACAGAGAGUAGCGGUUGGGUUGUUAUCGCUCCAGACUCUGUCACAGACACAAACAAGCAUGGCAGUGACCCGGCUUUCCUGAGACUGAGGAACCCCUCCACAGAUGAAGCUUCUCUGUAUUUGCUGGGGAGUGGUGAUGAGCGGUUGUAUGAGGUCAAAGCAUUUGAAGAGGACUUUCACUCCUGGUUUGUUGGGGACACUAUACAGAGAGAUGGGCGGCUUGUCUUUGUGACACCGAUGGAUCCUCUUUUUCUGAUUUUACCGUAUUUGAUGAAAUCCGGCAGAGAGGGGAAGUUCCAGCCUGUGGAUCAAGUCGUUAAAGAUGAAGAGUUCCCCACUUGCUCCAGGCUUCUCAGCUGCACAUGCUCCUUACUCCACAUCGCAGAAGAGAAAGAGGUGGGUGGCCAAAAGUUUCAUCGUUACAGCCAGGAGAAGACCAUGAACUGGUUAAAGAGAAAGGUGGAGAGAACGGCAGCAGCUCUGAAGAAGAAAAACAUCUCUGUGGGAGAAGGAGUAAAAUCCACAACGUAUAUCAGAGUCAAGUCAGAGUCUGAAGAGCGAGAAGAGGACUAUCUACGCUACGCUCACGGCCUGAUAUCAGAGUACAUAAGUGAAGAGCUGAGCAAAGCCCUCCUGAAUCACUUGGGGUUACCUGAGCUCACAAGCCCAAAGGAGGCGGAGCCUCCAGCUAAGAAACGGAAACCUUCAGACAAACCGGUGGAGGCUGGAGAAGACUACACCAAAUUCAACAGCGCAGACUUUGCGAGGAAACCUCCAAAAAAGAUGACAGCUGCCCAGAAAACUCUGGCCAAAGUGGACAAGAGCGGCAUGAAGCCGAUGUCGUCCUUCUUCAGCCCCAAAUCCAAAUAAAGGAAUUGUUUUCCCUUUUUAAUGUUUACAUGUGUUUGUAAUAAAAGAAAAUAAGUUUUA